AUCUUAUAUUUCUUAACAUCAUUAUGUAAAUAAAGUAAAACAUUUUAUUUUGUAUUUUAUUUUUUCAGCAGGAACCUAAACAUGUAUCCAGAAGACAGUAUUAUGUGUUGUCUAUUUCCAAAUAGCUGUAAUAUGUUUCCCCGAACGCUGCUAAUGACGUUUUUGGAUACAUCUGGAUUAACUUCUAAUCCGUGGCAAUCAACAUGGUUAUAUGUAUACAUGAUUAUCUUCAUAAUAUGUCUCUUGAAAUAUGUUGGUAAAUUAAUUGUACACAAUGACUCUUCCGAAGAAAAUUGUAUACAGGAACUAUUGCUUCAGAAAGAAGAGAUAAUGGAAUGUAUUGACAACAACUUCGUUUCCGAUGAAAAUAAUUCUGAAUGCAAUGAGGUAAUGGCGGUAUCAAGAGUAGGCCAGGGUGAACCCGAACCAGUGGGAUGUCCAGUAAAUGCUUUAAAGAAUAAACCAAUACCAUGUGAAUCGGAAGAAGUGAGUGGCAGGUUCUAAUUAAAUUGUUGUCCUACCAAUAUAAAAAUAAAAUAAACCUUAAUACCUAGGUAUCUAACUAAA